CUGACUGAACGAGCGAAGAAGAAAAGUGGAGGAGAGAAACAGGAAGUUGACAACAACUCCAAAGACGCAAAAAAAGCAGGGAGCGUAUGCUCGGUGAUGACCUGUGAAAAAAAGCGGAGUGGCUUCCAAAUCACCAGCGUGACGUCCGAAUUCAGCCAAUCAGCUCCCGGUGUGAUCCUGACAGUCGUCGAAUCGACGGGCGCCUCCCAUAGUCCCCGGGGCAGUUUCUCCCAGCCCACGACGCCCUCCCUGAAGAGGAAACAUAUCUCCCACGAUGCCUUAGGGCAGGGGGCGGGCGCUUCCUCCAGAUUUCGACUGGUGCGCUUGGCAGGAGGUGGCACGGGCGGCCGGGGACAUGGCGACACGUACUGGCGUGGCCGCUGGAUGUGCACGGACUUUACAGAAGGGCCGGGGCUAAAGCGGGUCAUGGACAGCAUGAGACACGCCCAAUCGCUGGAGUCUCUGGAGUCAAUUCGAGGACCAUCUCAGCCAGUCAGGCACGGGGAAACGGUGGGCCGACUAGUGCCUUCUCCACAUCCUCCAUUACACUUGGCCGUUAAUGCCGGGGGGGAGUCUGUCCUCAGGCUGUCACGUUCUCAACCAAGUUCGCCUCCUCCCACUCUGACUGUCAUCCCCACUCGGGCAGCGUUCGGCCUGGACCAGAGCGCCGCCUUUAGCCUGCCGGCGGACAUCAGUGUGGUUGCCAUCGACAACAAGAUCGAACAGGCGAUGGACCUGGUGAAGAGUCACCUGAUGCUGGCCGUACGGGAAGAGGUGGAGCUUCUGAGGGAGCAAAUCAGGGAGCUGCAAGAGAAGAACCAGCAGCUGGAGGCCGAGAACCGCGUCCUGCGCACGCACGCGCACUCGGACCCAAGGCCUCCCUCGCCCUCCGCCGCGCCAACGGGCCAACGGGACGACGGUCCAAUGCGGGAGGGAGUGUGAGGGUUGCUACGGCCACAGCGCCUUUCACAUUUCUGUCAAACAAACAUCAAUCCAUUUUCUAUAGUGCUCAUAAAUUUCCACAAAUUGUACAACAGUGCCUAACAGUGUACAAAAAAACCAAAAACACUAUUAUCCCCCGUUUGACACAUGGUCUAACCCAUGGUUAACAUGACAUACUUCCAUCAAUUUUCCACACUAUUCGUCCUCAUUCGGGUCCCGAGAGGUAGGGGUACACCCUGGACAGGUCGCCGGCCAACCACAGGGUAGGUUUUGACAAACAAACGUUCACAUACAUAUUUACGGGAGCUGGGACAAACCCUAAGCAAGCAUGGGGAGAACAUCAACAAUCCACCGUGCUGCCCAUCAAAUAAACAAUAUUGGCAGUUGAUUUGAUGUUGGAUGGCUAUGUAUGUCCCUGUGUGAUCUCAGUGCGAGAUG